AUGCCUUCGAAACAGCCCCAAACCUCGCUGUUCCAAGUCUAUCUUCGUCUGCGCCCGCCUAUUUCGCAAAGACACAAUGAAUCCGAACGCUUCCUUGCUGUCGAAUCUCCCGAGUCUGCAGACAAUGGGGAGAUCGUCCCAGCAGUCCCGACCCAUAUCACUCUGCAGCCGCCCAGUGACUCGAGAAAACGCGCAAUAGAGAAGUUUGGCUUCACAAAGGUCUUCGAAGAGGCUGCGUCGCAGUUGGAUGUGUUCCAUGACACCGGAAUGGAGCCGUUGCUCCACGGAGUUUUGAAGGAGGGCCGAGAUGGCCUGGUUGCUACGUUGGGAGUCACAGGCAGUGGAAAGGUCAAGUCCCCAAGCCACACAAUACUUGGAUCCAAAACCCAGCGUGGAAUGACCCAAAUGGCCCUCGAUGUGAUCUUCCGGUCUCUGGAGCCCACCGUGAAAACCGAAGAUGGAAGUAUCAGCCCCAUUAUGCUCGCCUCGCUGGCCGCAUCGGACACCUCUGAGGCACAGCUGUUUUCAGCCCCAACCUUCCUGGAAGCCGUGUACGGCGAACCAAAUGGUGACCGCGGUCGCAACUCAAGGGCUCAAACCCCCAUGAGUCCGUCUCGCACUCACACCCCCUUAACGGUACGGAGCCCUCUUGCCCUAAACAUCUAUCAAGGAUCGCCAACCACGCGGCCGGAUACACCUGGACCAGGUCUCCCUAUGCCAUCCAUGAAACCUGGAAGCCCCCACAAAGCGGACGCAAAUCCUCUCCCCAGUUCCAAUCGGACAGAGCGAUACGGCCCUGGCCUGUCGCUGACUGAGCAGUCUGGAAGGAUCGCCCCGGGGUUUUCAUCCUUUCUUCCCUUCACUCGCCCGAACCUACAGGAAUCACGUUUUGCUAAAUCUCGACUUUAUGUCUUCAAGGAACCGACUCCGGCAUUGAUUUUCCCUCGCCGGAAUGUGCGUGAGCGACCCAGUGUACUGCCCAGACUGCCUGAUGUGAGCCAUCUUGCCGUGGACAUGAACCCGAAUUCGGACUAUGUCGUUUUGGUUUCCAUGUACGAGGUGUACAAUGAUCGCAUUUUUGAUCUGCUCUCACCGGCGAUUACUACCGGGCAAGGAAACACCAUGUCGCGUGGGAACAGUCAAAAGGAUCGCCGACGCCCGCUGCUCUUCAAACCAACCGAAGGUUCUCCAGACCGAAAAGUCGUGGCCGGCUUGCGCAAGAUUGCCUGCAGCACCUACGAAGAAGCAUUGGCUAUUCUGGAUGUUGGUCUGACCGAGCGAAAAGUGACCGGCACAGGGUCCAACAGUGUGAGCUCCCGAAGCCAUGGCUUCUUCAGCCUCGAGGUCAAGAAGCGGUCAUACAGCAAACGAACGGGCGAGGUAAACUGGACAGGAAACGCACUGACGGUUGUGGACUUGGCUGGUUCUGAACGAGCGAGAAAUGCAAAAACGGCCGGUGCUACUCUUGCCGAGGCUGGCAAGAUCAACGAAAGUUUGAUGUAUUUGGGCCAAUGCUUGCAAAUGCAGAGUAAUAUUCAAGACGGAGCCAAGACUGCCCUCGUGCCAUUCCGCCAGUGCAAACUCACGGAGCUCCUGUUUUCCAAUUCCUUCCCUUCGCCAAACCAGAUGUCCCGUGGCCACCACCCACAAAAGGCGGUUAUGAUUGUGACGGCCGAUCCUUUGGGGGACUUCAAUGCCACAUCCCAGAUUCUGCGCUAUUCCGCCUUGGCCCGUGAGGUUACUGUGCCACGCGUGCCUUCGCUGACGGAGUCAAUCCUCUCGACCGGAUCUGGCAGAGGCCGAUCCGCUAGCGGACGCACCUCCCCUCAAUACGCAUCAGGGGAAGAGCUCGAUCGGGCUACCGCCGAGAUUUCACGGCUGACACAAGACUGUCAUGGAUUUGCUCUGAAGCUCGCAGAAGAAGAAAUCGCUCGCUCCGAGGUCGAGAUGUGUUUGCAGGCUGCCGAGGAACGAUGCAUCAUGAUCGAGCAAGAAGUUCGAGAAGAGUGUUGGGCUGAGAUGGACGAGAAAAUGGAGGAGGAAAGGCGACGCUGGCAGAAUGCCUGGGAUGAGCAGAUUGGCCGCAACGACGAGCACAUCGAUAAAAAGAUCGAGCUUGUCUCUCGCGGGUUCCACAUCUAUGAAGACCCCGAGCCAUCUGCAGACGAGCGCGUUGAAGACCUCGAAAAUGAGAACGAUCAGCUUCGCCGCCGUAUUGCUACCCUCGAGCGUGAAAUCAACAGCCGGUCUCCAACCCGCAAGCCUCGGCCCAAGAACCUUGCGCCUCCUCGAUCGUCGAACUUACUGGGCCGAGAGAGCGAUAUCGAAAACGCACUGCAGCGCAUGGACCAGCUGAAACUCACGGACAGCAUGUUCUCCCCUGCCUCCCCAGUGGCUUCGUCGCCCGGCAAGAAGCAAAGAAAGAUGGCGACGCGGAAAUGGGACCUGGCUCCCGAGAGCGAGAUCUAA